GUGCUUCUUUCAACACACGCGACCUUCGAUUCACUUCAAGUUACGUUUUCCAGCAAGAACGCAGCAUGGUGAAUAAAGAGCCCGGUGGUUUGCUAGAGCAGUUGAGGCAGAUUGCUGGCAGAAUGGGCUCUGGUCCAAGGGGUGCAGGUCUCGGGGUCAAGCUGCUUAUAGGGGCAGGAGCACUUGCCUAUGGAGUCAAGGAAACCACAUACACAGUGGAAGGUGGUCAGAGGGCCAUCAUCUUCAACAGGAUUGGUGGGAUGCAGAUGGACACGGUACUUGCUGAGGGGCUCCACUUUAGGAUACCAUGGUUCCAGUACCCUGUCAUCUAUGACAUAAGGGCGAGACCAAGAAAGAUAUCGUCCCUAACCGGAAGCAAAGACCUGCAGAUGGUGAACAUCGCCCUGCGUGUGCUGUCCCGUCCUGUGGCCUCCAACCUGCCUGCCAUGUACCAGCGGCUGGGCAAGGAUUACGAUGAGAAGGUGCUGCCCUCCAUCGUCAAUGAGGUGCUGAAGAGUGUGGUGGCCAAGUUCAACGCCUCGCAGCUCAUCACACAGAGAGCUCAGGUGUCCCUGAUGAUUCGGCGGGAGCUCUUUGAACGGGCCAAGGACUUCAACAUCAUCCUGGACGAUGUGGCCAUCACCGAGCUGAGCUUCAGCAGGGAGUACACUGCCGCGGUGGAAGCAAAGCAAGUCGCCCAGCAGGAGGCGCAGAGGGCCUUCUUCUAUGUGGAGAAAGCCUUGCAGGACCAGAGGCAGAAGAUCAUCCAGGCUGAAGGAGAGGCAGAGGCUGCUAAAAUGUUGGGUGAGGCGGUGACAAAGAACCCUGGCUACCUGAAACUCCGGAAGAUCCGAGCGGCUCAGAACAUUGCCAAGACGGUGGCAACAUCGCAGAACAAGGUGUACCUGAGUGCAGAUAACCUGGUGUUGAACCUCCAGGACAACACAAGCAACAGCUUCAGCAAUUUGAGCAGGUUGGGAGAAAUAGGCUGGACGAGCCCUGAGAUAAUCAGCAAGGCUGUUCAAGAGACGCUUCCAGAGAUUGAGGAAGAAUUGAAGACCCCUGAGACAGCCAGUGUUCCUGUGACGCUUCCAGGGAUUGAGGAAGAAUUGAAGAGCCCUGAGACAGCCAGUGUUCCUGUGACGCUUCCAGGGAUUGAGGAAGAAUUGAAGACCCCUGAGACAGCCAGUGUCCCUGCGAUGCUUCCAGGGAUUGAGGAACAACAUGUCUCGAAGAGCCCUGAUAUUGUCAGCAUGGCUGCUCCAAAGAUUGAGGAAGAACAUGAAUUGAAGUUCCAUGAGAUGGUCGUUGUUCCAGAGACAUGGAGUGAGGCAGGAGAAUACCUGGUCCCCCAUAUUGCGGCGGCGGGUCCCGGGGACGUGGAGCAAAAUGGCGAGGCUUAAACGUAGGUUUAUCGUUGCCGAGGUAAAGGGAAGCGUCCCUGAAGAGUAUGCAUUCCGUAUCUUCAAUUUGAGCCAUCUCUACACAUUAUACCUCUUCGCCACACAGUGGUUUUCAACACUGGUCCUGGAAGACCCCUAUUCGUACAGGUUUUUCUGUCUAGUGAUUCACUUGAAUUAUGUUAUGUUCAAUUUGUCUUUGAAAUGGCUUUCCAUAUAUGGUAUCAUGUUACAGUUGCCUGGCUUUACCUCGAAUUUAAAUGUAAUGAUGUACAGAUGAAUAGAAACCGGAUUGUACCGGGGUCCUCACGGACCAGCACAAAGGAGCACUUACUUGUAAGGACCAGUGUACCGUAUCUCCUUGUCACAGUGCCUAGCUCUCGGCCUGUAUUCACAGAGCCUCAGAAUUGGUGUGCUGAUAUACAGUAGCAUUAGUUUAGCCUUUUAGAUAAUAUGGACAGGGGGACCUGAUCUUAGAUCAGCGCUCUUUGUCUGAGAUGCUUUUUGGAUGUGGGCCCUGGUUUGAGUUAACUCCAUAGUGGCACUAAAUCGACUAACUACACAGCAGAUGCAACCCAGUGGUUUCUUACACUCCACAAGUGUCAUCACCACCCUGCCUUUAUAUUAUUUGGUUAAAUUCAGAUGUGACAACGUCAUGCAUUGGAGAACCAACCAGAGUCCUACUCUGACAUUUCUGGGAGACGGGCUCCUCCGUACUUUUACUAUAUUUGUGUUGUGUAACACUCAACAUCAGCAGUUUUUGCCCUGGUUAUACCUCUGUUUCAUACCUGUUGAAAGUGUCAUGCCGGAUCUUCACGAAGUGUCAUGAAUGAAUACCAAUGAAUCUUAAUGUCCUGUGUCACGAAACAUGUUACACCAGCGUAAUACAUCUAAUUGUAAUGCAAAAAUUUAUUUUCUUUGGUUCAUGUCCCCCCCCCCCCCCCUUUCAUUUAAAUGUUUUUUUUUCCACUGCAAUUCAAACUAUUUGUUCAUCUUGGCUCGAGGAAAAAGGUCUUCAUUACUGUGUUCUUAAUCCUAACUAGAGGCUGAAGCACUCAAAUUGGGUUUGAAUAAAUACAUGUUUUUGGAUCACAA